GUGGUAAAACCUAUUGGCCAAUAGCCAUUGCGACGUUAUCGUGUAGAUUUGCCGCGCAAACGGACGCAGUCGGAAUUACCGUAGUAACUACGUAAAUAUUUACGCCAGUCACGCAAAUUGCUGAUAGUCUUCAAUAUUUUACAGUGGCAUAUCGACGAAAACUUUUCUUAGGCAAUAUCUAGUAUUGUGCUGAACAUGGUAAACUCUGAUCACAGUGAAGUUGAGGAAGAUGAUAUGGAUAAAUUAGAGUUAUCAGAUUCCAUAAAAUUGACCACAACCAAAAGGUCACGUAUAGAUUCUGGGGAUGAAGAUGGGCAAGAUACACCUGCUAAGAAACGGCGAUGUUCUUUCAGUAAAGAAUCUGGGAUGUCAGAAACAAACAAUACUGAAAUUGCUUCAGAUAAAAAUGGCAUAGAUAAGAACAUUAAGAAAGAAGAAACAGAUACAGUAUCCCCUGAGAAUAAACCAGAUCAAGAUGAAAAAUCUGAUUCAAAUAUCAAAAAUGAAGAAGAUCAAGGGAACAAAUUAAUGAGCACUCAGGUUAAAAAAGAAGAUCUUAUAGAAGAUAAGAACAAUUCUACUAUGGAUGAAAGUGUUAUAAAAGUUGAAGAAAAAACUACAGAAAACAAGGAUAGUCCAUCCAAAGAAUCUCUAAGUACUAAGACAGUACCUACUUUUGAUGAUGAGAAAACUGAAGAAGAUGACGAAAUAGUCAAGAAAAAAGCUGAUGAUACAGAUGAUUGUAAAGAGAAUAGUGAAGGAAAUAGAGCAAGAGAGAAACAUACUGCAAAGAAUCGAACUAUUGAUACAGAAGUAGUAGAUGGAUUAGAACUUUCAGUAGAAUGUGCUAGUGACAAAGAAGGAUCAAGUUCGGAGAGUACAGAUGAAAAAGAAAUAAAGCCACGACCGAAAACACUGAUUGUUAAAGCUGAACCAAAUGAAUCAGAACUUGAAUGUGGCUCUUCGGAAGAUGAAAAGUCUGAUACGCAGAAAACCAGUGACAAAGUAACAACUAAAUUAGAGAAGAAGAAAGGAAAGAGAAGGGGUAAGCGAACAAGUUUCAGUAAACUGAAGACUUCUGGAUCUGAAGACAGCCAGAAUAAUAAUUCCGAUGAGGAUUAUAGUCCGCGAACGAAAAAGAAGGUAAAAAAAUCACCAGCGCCAAAGAGAUCAACUAAACGUUCCACUGAAUCGAAAAGAGGACGUGGUGGAGCAAAGAAAAAUUCGCACAAAAGAAAUACUGAAGACACAUCUGAUGAUGAAAACUUAGAUACAAUUUCAGCAGACAAAACUGAUGAAACAAUGAAAAAGAAUGAAGCGGAAGAGAAAUUGUCAGGGAAAGAAUCUUCAGCAAGCAAAAGUGAGGAUGAAAGUAAUUCUGAAGAUGAAGAGAAAUCUAAAAAGGCUAGGAGAUCGAGGAGACGUAGCAGCACUAAACCAGAGGAUAACAAACAGAUACAAUUGUUAAAGAAAUAUAUAAAAACUGCUGGCAUAAGAGUAAAAUCUUACCAAGAAAUUUGGGCCGAUUGUCGUUACAAUACCCAAAGAAUUAAUCGCCUGAAAGAAUUAUUAGAGAAACAUGGUGUUACUGGGAGACCAACAUUGGAAAAAUGUAAACGAGCGAAAGAAAAACACGAGAAAUUACGGGAGAUGUCUGAGUUGGACACAUCCAAUAUUAUAUCCGAGGGACGUGUUACACGUGCAAGAAGAAAUAUAGGAAGCAACAAAAAGCCACCAGUUGUAGAAAAUCCACCGCGACACAGAGAAGCUCGUAAUACGUUGAAGCGACUUCGGACUGUUGUUGAUAGUGAUUCGGAAUGAAGCAGAAUAACAUGCUGAAUCUACAGUUGAUUUUCGCCUAAAGUAUCAAGCAUGAUGUUGCAUAUGCAAAGUUGCGUUCGUACGUGAAAUAUAUUAUUCACAAGCUUUCGUAUAGUAAGCUUUUUGUUUUUUUCCAUUUAAAAUAGUUCGUUCGAGCAAGUGCUCGAGUCACAAACUUCCGCACUUUACUAUCAAAUUCCACAAUGUACAAAAAUGUAAAGGAUGGACUCAAAACAGAGAAAGAUAUUACAUAUAUAACUUCAAAUAACAUACUGUAAGAUAGAAGAUAUUUUGGUUAAAGUGUGAAGUGUAUUUUUAUCUAUAUCUGUAUAAAUAUAUAUCGAAUAUAUGAGUGGCAAUGUGUGGCAAUUUACUUUUGCGAAGUCCACACAUAGCUUCAGUUGUUGAAAACAUAACGUUUAAAAUUGAGUAGUCGUAAUUCCGUUUGACGUAUUUCCUCCAUAUUUUCUAACAAUUUUUUAACAAGAAUUGUUUAAAAUAUUGUGAGAUUUCUUAUCUUCCAUGUGACAGCAAAAUCAUACAAUUAUAAUAAUAUAUA